AUGAACAUAGAUAUUUUAAAUAGUAUUCAUGGUGGUGUAGUUUUAAGAACGUCUCAAACAAUUAAUUCACAUGUCAGUAAAGAAGCGGCUCGACAAAUUAUUAAACGUCAAAGACGUAAUGAAGAUAUUUACUUGGAGCCACAAACAGCAGAUAUAAUUGACUUACCGUUAUACUUGCGUGAAACAUUAUCAGGUGCAAUUAAUGCAUUAAAUGAUAUGUUUCCUCUCGCAACACAUUCUGCAUGUUUUUUCCAUUUAUCACAAAACAUUUUCAAAAAACUUCAAAGUCUUGGUCUCUCUUCAAUGUAUUCUAACGAUCCAGAAUUUAAUUUAUUAGCAAAGCAAAUACCUGCCUUGGCAUUUUUACCAGCUAAUAUGAUUGUAGAUGGGUGGACAUUAUUGAAACCUUUGUUUAAAACCGAAGAAGAACAACAAUUAUCACAAUAUUUUGAGGAAACGUAUGUUUUGGGAAAAUCAGGUAUGCGUUUGAGAGGAAGACCAACAAAACAAACCAUACGUAAUCCACCAAUGUUUCCUCCAGAAAUGUGGUCAGUAGCUGACCGUCUAAAUCUUGGUUUGCCAAGAACCACAAACGUUGCAGAAUCAUGGCAUAGGAAAAUAAAUAGACUAGUUUCUCCUAAUCCAAGUCUAUUUAAAUUCAUUAAGUUAAUACAAAAAGUGCAAAACGAAACAGAAUCAACAGUUGAACAGCUUAUACAAGGACGGAUUUCAAAAAGAGCAAAAAAGAACGUUGAUGUACAAAAUGCUCGCCUUAAAUGUAUUCAACAAAGAAUUUACGAUGACGACAAGUUAGACAAGUUAGAAUUUUUAAAAGGCAUUGCACAUAAUUUAACUUUAUAA